AUGCCCAAAAAGCACAAGAAGACCGCCUUUGCGAAACCAGCCAGCACUGCUCACCAUACCCUCGCUUCCUCCGGCCCGCGACACGACCACCAUGAUCGUCUUCGUUCAUCCCACGCUUCGUCCUCUUCCGCGGAGCAACCCUCCGUCAACGACCUGAUUCACCACCUCCGCCGCACGCAGGUCUCCAAUGGACCUGAAAGCCCCUUUAGAUUUGUCGCGCCUCGAUCUGUACAUCCCUCUUUACGGAACCUUCUUGAGCUACCGGAAACACCGCCUCCCCGCCCCCGCCCGGGGGCGCGGCGUGUCGGGGUUGUUGGCUCGCUGCGCUUGCGACGGACUGCUGGACCACCACCACCAGAGAGCUGGCUCCUGGGCAGCCGAGAUGAUGCAGAGGAAGAAGAUGUGGAUAUUGCAGCCGCGGAGAAAGAAAGGGUCAUCUACCGGUUAGAGCGUCUACCAGGCACGACUUUCCCUCCCAAGGGUAGUCUUGUCGAAACGGUGCUCAGAUCGAUGGCCACAUAUUGGGAAUGGCAUGUCGAGUAUGACGGACCGUUCCUGGGAGCUCUACCAAAUCACCUCAAAGUGCGCCUCCUCAGCUACGUCGCUGUAUAUGCCAAGGAUCGACCGCUGGGCGGGCUUAUGCGCGGUCUGCGACCUCUAUUCGAGAAAGCCCGCGCUACCGACGACCCCGAGAUACAUCAAGAAAGCGAGUCCGAAGUCACCCGUCUAGACCUAAGCAGCGCCAUCGGUCGAUGGCUAAGCUUGAAGCAGCUCUCCAGCGAGCUCCUCAUCACCGAGAAGCCAAAUACCGUGCAGCGCAAGCCCAAAGAAUCCGUCCCCUCCUCCUGGGAAGAGGAAUACGACGAAGUCGAAGAAGAGGGCAACACCAUCACCCCAACAGCAAGCAAUCCCACUAUCCCCCACACACCAUCCCCAACUCUCCGCUUCUCCAACCUCCGCUACCUCUCCCUCGCACACCCCAAACCCGGCACCGUCAACUGGAACUCCCUCAUAAGCCUCCUCUCCCGCCUCUCAACCAUCACCCACCUCUCCCUCGCCCACUGGCCCAUACCCACCGUCACACCCAACGCGAUCAACGCCCGAAUCCGCCACCCCAACCACCGCUCCCUAACCUUCUCCUACGGCGGCACCGACACCUACUCCGCCAGCGAAAACAACUGGGCCGAAGCAGCAGGUCUCCUCCGGCGCCUGUCCCGUGUAACCUACUGCCUGAAAUGGCUCGACCUCGAAGGCUGCGGCGACUGGAUCCCAGCCCUAAAAUGGCAAGACUGCGAAUCAAUUUCAUCCGCGUACGCCUCCUCCGGUCCCGAAUGGAACACCUCCUGGCGAGACAUCGAAUACAUUCGUCUCGGACCAGGCUGGCUGCCCCAUAUCGAUGACGCCGAACUCCUCCCCGAGAAUAGCAUCAGCCAGAGCGGCUCCUCUUCCUCGUCUUUGUCGUCGCCUACCCGCUCCCUGGCUUUUUCAGCGCAUGCGCCACCGCCGCAUCCCGCUCUUGCGAGCCGUGUAGGAGGUGGAGGUGGAGGAGAUGCCGAGUCAUCAUCGUCGGAUCUUCCCUGGGAUGUGGAGGUCGAGCGGAUCAAGUAUCGGAGGGGUAAGGAGCUAGAGCGGUUCCGGGAGACGGUGCAGGCUGCGAAGGAGGUGCAGCAGUGGGUUUUGAGGUUGAGGAGAGAGGGGAAGGGCAAGUGGGUGCAGUUUUCUUUUGGGUUGGAGGGAAUUGAGGAGGAUGGGUUGAAGAAGUUGUUUGGGAAGGAGUGGAUGGGGGUUUUGCCUUGA